AUCCCCCCAUCAAUUGUCACCGUACUGUCUCUUUCUCUCUCUUCCUUCUUGCUUAUAAAACGAUGAGCUGGGACUUGGAGAGUUACCCGGAAGUAGAGAGAAGGGAGAGUCGACUAUGGGGAAGAGAGACCCAGAUGUGAGAGUGUUCCAUAACACUGAACAACUCUCUACUGCACUUGCAGAGUAUGUGAUUGAGAACUCUGAUGCUGCAGUGAAGGAAAGAGGAGCAUUUUCCAUUGUUCUCUCUGGGGGAAAUCUCAUCCACCUCAUGCGGAAACUAACUAAGCCUCCUUAUGUAAGAAUGGUGGAUUGGUCCAAGUGGCAUGUGUUUUGGGCUGAGGAGAACAUUCUCCCAAAGAAACACCCUGACAGUUUCUACCGCCAAGCCAAAGAAGCUUUCAUCUCUAAGGUUGCUAUAAAAUCGGAGAACAUUUUCUCAGUGAGACUCGGUGUAUCGGCGGAGAAGGCAAUGGAGGAAUACAAGUUUUCGAUCAGGCAGGUGGUGAGAAAUCGGACAGUGGAUGUGUCACCAUCAAGCGAUAAUCCGAGAUUCGAUCUGAUUCUGUUGGUGUUGGGAGAAGACGGACACGUAGCUUCGUUGUUCCCAGAGGACCCUGUGUUGAGUGAGGAAUCACAGUGGGUAGCAUGUGUCGCCAGAGAAGGAAAAGAAAGCGUCACGUUCACCCUUUCUGUGAUCAACUCUGCAGCCAAUGUUGCGAUUAUGGCUACUGGUAAUGACGUGGCUGAGAGCGUAUCUUUAGCACUUGGGGACCCACUCCCUAGUGGGUCCAACCCGGCUCAGAUGGUCUCACCCAGACAUGGAAAUCUUGUCUGGUUUGUUGAUGGCAGUGCUGCUUCUCUCCUCCCCGGGAACAACAGCGGGGAAAGCUCCGCCACGUAGGAUUCCAAAUUCCCCGGGAUUCGGGAUUCUGGAAUCUGGAAUCUGGAAUCUGGAAUCUGGAAUCUGAAAUCUGAAAUCUGAAAUCUGAAAUCAGGAAUCAGGAAUCAGGAAUCAGGAAUCAGGAAUCAGGCCUUCGUAUCUCUGGAAUCUGAUUUGACCUUUUCCGCUUUUUUUCUUUCUCUUUCGGAAUGUGUUGGGUCCCACUUGAGGUUGCCACGGACAUCACUAGUGUCGCAGCAGUUGCCGAGGAUAGAAAUUUGAAUCCUAUGAAAGAUUGAUAGUUUUAUC